CAACAACGUCGAGUUAUCCACCUCCAUAGCUUUUAGCCAUCAUAAGCGAAAACAUUCAGCUCUUUAAACGCGUUCGGUGUAUAUUAGCCACGGUGUUUUAAACACACUUGUCGUAUCUACUAGUUAGUUACCCAAUUUAAUAUAAUAUUUACGUUGUUGUUAGCUAACUGGCUGGGUAAAUUAGCAGUAGUGCUAGUCUAGUCACUAAUGCUAACUAGCUAUCUAGCUAACAUCCCAACCAUGAGCUCACUAAACGACUCCCCCACUUCUAAAGAGGUGAUCUGCUGGACGGAGAAAGAAACUCUGGGGCUGAACAUUGUCGUGAAAGAGGAGAAGGAAGAGGAGGAUGUCACAGUAAAAACAGAAACAGAGGUUGAGGCUGUUACAGUGAAAGAAGAAGAGAAAGACGUUAAAUUGACAGAAGAUGAAAACGCGUUCAGAGUGAAAGAGGAGGAGGAUGUUACAGUAAAAGAGGAAGAGGAAGAUGAGGAUGCAGGGGAGGAUGGGGAGAUGACUGUCACCGUGAAAGAAGAAGAGAAAGAGGUGGGGGAGAUGACUGUCACAGUGAAAGAAGAGGAAGACAUUUUUGGAAUGAAGGAAGUGGGGGAGAUUACUGUCACAUUGGAGGAGGAGGAGGAGGAAGAAGAAGAGGAGACAGGAGAUCUGACUAACAACAGAGAGAGACCAGACUCUCCAUCUGACAGCAGAAAGAGUCCUUCAGGGGAACCAGACCCUGAGACGCCCAAGCCAGCGAGACGACACCACUGCUCCCAGUGUAAUAUGAGUUUUAAGUGGUUAUGGAAGCUGAAAGAGCAUGAAAGGAAACACACUGGAGAAAAGCCCUUCCAAUGCUCCCAGUGUGGAAAUAGAUUCUCACGAGCACAUGACCUAAAAUCACAUGAGAGGACACACACAGGGGAAAAACCACACAAUUGUUCCCAGUGUGGAAAGCUUUUUUCCCAUUUAGGGAACCUGAACAAACAUAAGCGAAUACACUCUGGAGAGAAGCCUUACCCCUGUUCCCAUUGUGGAAAGAAUUUUAGGUCUUCAGAUAACCUGAAAGCGCAUGAGAGGACACACACAGGGGAAAAACCUUACCAUUGCUCCCUUUGUGGAAAGGAUUUUACCAAGUUAAGGAACCUAAAAGAGCAUGAGAGGAAACACACAGGAGAAAAGCCUUACGAAUGCUCCCAGUGUGGAAAGAGUUUUUCCCAUAUAGGGAACCUGAACAAACAUAAGAGAGUACACUCUGGAGAGAAGCCUUACCCCUGUUCCCAUUGUGGAAAGAAUUUUAGGUCUUCCGAUAACCUGAAAGCGCAUGAAAGGACACACACAGGGGAAAAACCUUACCAUUGCGCCCUGUGUGGAAAGGAUUUUACCAAGUUAGGGAACCUAAAAGAGCAUGAGAGGAAACACACAGGAGAAAAGCCUUACCACUGCUCCCAGUGUGGAGAGAGAUUUUCAAGGUCACUAUACCUUAAAACACACGAGAGGACACAUACAGGAGAAAAGCCUUACCACUGCUCCAAUUGUGGAAAGAGAUUUUCAACAUCAUCGGACCUAAAAAAGCACCAGAGGACACACACAAGGGAGAAAUCUUACCAUUGCUCUCAAUGUGGAAAUAGUUUCUUACGAUCACAUGACCUAAAAUCGCAUGAGCUGACACACACAGGGGAAAAACCACAUAGUUGCUCCCAGUGUGGAAAGUGUUUUUUGUAUUUAGGGAACCUGAACAAACAUAAGAAAAUACACUCUGGAGAGAAGCCUUACCCCUGUUCCCAUUGUGGAAAAUUCUUUAGGUCAUUAGAUAACAUGAAGGAGCAUGAGAGGACACACACAGGGGAGAAGCUUUACCAUUGUGCCCUGUGUGGAAAGAGAUAUUCACGAUCACAUGACCUAAAAUUACAUAAAAGGAAACACACAGGGGAAGAAAACGCACAAUUACACACACAGGGGAUAAAUCACACAGUUGGUCCCAGUGAGGAAAGAAUUUAACGCAGUUAGAGAACCUCUUCCCAUUGAGGAAAUACAUUGUCCCGGUCACAUGACCUAAAAUCACACCAAACCAAACUAUAUUUAUACAGCACCUUUCAGACAUGGAAUGCAACACAAUGGGCUUCACAGGGAACAUUACCUAAAAUCACACCAAACCAAACUAUAUUUAUACAGCACCUUUCAGACAUGGAAUGCAACACAAUGUGCUUCACAGGGAA